AUGGUUAAGAAGAAAUCGAUCUCAAUAGCGUGGCCAUAUACACCUGAACCUUCACCUCGUCUUGACCCUUUGGUCUAUCCCUUGGUCGAUAUUCCUGAAGAUUUCAACAUGUCGGAGGAAGAGUUACCUCCUCGGGCAAGGCCCAUCAGUAUGGCAGCCCGAAAGGAGGGCGUCCUAUCACCGGGAGGAAGACCGACUUUGGACGAUGUGCUCAACAACAAAGCACCAUCACCCUACACCCUGGCUGCGUACACGGCAUUUCUAUCGCAACAGCACUGCCUGGAAACGCUCGAAUUCACCACAGAGGCCAAGAGAUACUCGGAUAAGUACGAUGAAGCAUCGGUCAGUAUGGGAGGCAUGCCCCUCACAAUAGAAACGCAGGAAGGAUGGGAAUUGAUACAGGACUGGACGCGGCUUCUCGAAAUCUAUGUCAAGCCAGGUGCUCCGCGGGAAAUCAAUUUGCCGGCCGAGGAACGAGAUGAUCUGAUCGAGCGAUCCUAUGAGUUCAAACCUCCUCGUCCUGAGUAUCUGGAUGCCGCCGUCAAACGCAUGUACGACUUGAUGUCGGAUUCGAUCUUCAUUCCAUUUUGCAAUAGCCUCAAACAGGUUUCUCAUGCCCAGACAUAUACACCUAUGUCGGAAUUUGCGGAUAUGGCUGAACUUGACCCCUCCCGAUUAACAUAUGAUGAGCGUGGGCUACAUCGGCGGAUGCCUUCUCGUCGGCGGCGAUCUCCACCACACACCUCGGCGGUCUCGUUUGAAGCUACUCGAUCCCCGCCGCAACAACAUCGACCGACACAAUCCUCGUUAUCGUCCGCAUUGGGUCGGCAGAGCGGUGUGCGCUUGUCGACGCACGUGUCACACUCAUCCGCAGUCUCAGAAAGUGCACUAACUGACAGCAGCGGAGGCCCGGAUAGCCCUCCUGUCGGUGACCUUAUGGAAACUGACGCAGUCAUAACCCCACCGACCACUCCACCAACGAGCGAGCUGGGUGGGAUUAUAAGUCACGGGAGUGGGAGCGGAUUGGCAAGUGUCAAAUCACAUCGAAGUGAAAGCGGUGGCUGGAAGAAGGCCAUGAAGAUUUUUGGCGGCAGCAAGAGGAAGAAUGGCAGCAACGAGCAUGACUGA